CCUGAGCAGGAGCGACUAGACCAUGUCCAAGGAAUACGAGAAUGCCCUCCGUGUUAUCGCCAAACCUCCCGAGAAGCGGCUGGACAACGAGAUCCAUCAGCUGGUGCCCUGGAUGCGGAGCAAGGCUAAGCUCUUCAAGUCGCUCAAGACGGAUAUUUUGGCAGAUAUAAUCAGGAACUGUGAUUACGUCACCAAAUAUCGUGAUGACGUCAUCAUCAAGCAAGGAGACAUUGGAGACUGCUUCUACAUUGUGCUACACGGGAAGGUGACCAUCUACAUCCUAAACAAAGACCAGCUCGAGGGGGAAGAGGAUGACGGGAACUUUGACAACAUCAUCCAGUUCACCAAAGAUGGCGCCCUGGACAGAGCAAAGUUAGGGUACUGUGUUACGUCCCUUGAAAGCGGGACACCGUUUGGUGACGUAGCUCUGACGUCAGGGGACAGCAUCAGGACGGCGUCCAUUGUUGCUGAUGAACGGACGGACCUGCUAGUGGUGGACAGGGCGUUGUACAACCGGUCCAUGAAGGAGGUCCUGGCUAAAGAGUUUCUAGAGAAAACCACUUUUAUAAAGAACAAUCCGUUGUUCUCAAACUGGUCACCGAGAUAUAGGAAGCAACUGGCAAUGGCGCUUUACAAAGAUGGAUAUCCUUAUGAAAGUGCCUUAGUGCGGCAAGGGGACAGAACCACAAAUAUGUAUUUUAUACUCAGUGGUCAAGUAGAAAUACAGGUAGAUCCAUCCCAUCAUCCCCAGCAGUAUGCACAGAUUUUCAAGGCUGCCAAAGAAAAUGAAGUAGAUAAAUUAAUUAGAAAAGUGAAACACACAAGCAAACGCACAGAACACAGCAACCACCAACAGCCUCACCACAACAGCAACAACGGCAUCAAGAGGAGAGACACAGGCAAAUGUAUGAGGCUGUGUCAUUUGGGUGUCAACGAGAGUGUGGGUGAUGUAGAGCUCACCAUGGACCUACACACCUACAUGCAGACCGCCAUCUGUAAAGAGUCCACAGAAGUCCUGGUUCUGGAACACAAACAUUACGAGCGCUUGUUCACCAGGAGGCACCCGCGCACCAUCGACUUAAUGCGAGACGAGACCGGAGUCAAGCUGGCCUCAAGACUUUCAAUGUUAAACAACACCCUAGACAUCCCCUUCAUACACUACCUAAUCAAGCUAAUUGAGAGUAAAAACAAACCAGUGGCACAGAAUGACAAAGGAAAAGAUGAGCACACAGUGUCUACAGCAGAGAAAGAGUUCCUUAACCACAAAGGUCCACUUAUAGACCUGCACGGUCCUGGAAGUGUUUUUUUUCUUAUUAACCUUAGAGAAAAAACGAAGUUACGAGUGAAAGCCAAAAGAGGGGAGAGAAUAGACAGACUUAUGCCCCCUAUAGCAAAGAAUGCACUGAUGGCAGCUGCAUCAAACCAAACCAACUCUACACCAGACGCACGGGUCAUCUGCGGCAGGUACCUCUCCACCACUGACCAGCCUCGCUCUUUCAGGGACAUCCAGAAUUCCCUGAACCUUAGCAAGGUGGAGGCAGAAGAUGGACAGGAUGAGGAGAAUUAUCAGGAGAGCAGGGGGGGAUACAGUCGUACAUCAAGAUUCUCACAAGACAUGGAAAAUGCUGAAGAUCACGAUGCCAAGCUGGGCACCCUGGAGAACAGAUUAAGAGAAUGGUUGCAAACAGAUAAUCCUCGGGGCAAACCACAGGUGGCACAGCUUAGGCGAUUAGGUACUCAGGACAUGGACUUUCAGCCUAGACCUGGGAACAAGGUUUACCUGAGGAAGAGAGACAGAAGGCCCAACACAUCCGCAGGAGUUUCACAAUCCACAUCCACACUAUCCACUGGCCGGCUGAAGGACACAUCCAGACCAAGAGUCAGCACUGAUGAUAGACUGUCCGCUUACAAAAUUCUGCUUUCAAAUUAAUUUUUGUACUGCUAAAAAUUAAAUUAUUUUAUAUACUGCAUUCAUAAUCGGAGACUUGUGAACUAUUUUAGGUUGCUUUUCUAAACCUUUUUACACACAAGUGUUCACUGGGAACAACUGCUGAGUUUAUGUCUGUUUCCAUUAUGUGUACAUAACUAUAGUGUAUUUAAUGUUACAAUAUAUAACAACCAAUCAAAUCCCUUCAUUAUUUCACUGCUGAACACCAUCAUAUAGAUGAUGUUAUGCUUUAACUAUUUAAAGCUUUAAUUAGGAAACUGCUGUGCAGUAGACUAAUGCAUAUUUUUUUUACAAUUGACUUGGGAAACUUGUACAUCAAACAUUAUUCCUGUCAAGUCAAAAGCUGAAAUAGCUAAUUUGUCUUUAAAGUUAUUAUACAAUAUUUCUUAUUUAGUUGUUGGAUAGAUCUUCAUUUUAAAAAGUGUAAAACAUUAAUUUAUUUUAAAAGAAAUAGAAGGUCACCAAUGGAAUAUUAACUAAAAUAAACCGGGAGUGAUCUCCCCUAAACUUUCUCGAAUAUUUUAUAUAAAAUAACAGGGGAUGGGAACUCGGGCUAUAGACAUGAUUUUUAAUCCAUAUUUAAUACUUAAAGUUUUAAAAAUAGAAUAAAAUCUCUUAGACAAAUUAAUUGCACACCAAGUGAACGCGAUAUAAAAAAGCGCAUAAUAGUGCGCAAUAUUAUUAGUACUUUUUAAAUUUACAUUAGUUUUUUGAGAAAUCGGAAGUAGCGUAAAUUACUACUUCCGGUCAACGGAAAUUACUCAAAAUUUAACAGAAGGUAGAGAAUUAGAUCUUUUACUUACAUGUGAAAUUUCAUUUAUCUAUCUGAAAUAGUACUCAAGUUAUAUGCUUUUGAAAAACUCAAAGUAGAAAAAGUACCACUUCCGGUUAUCGGAAAUCGCUCAAAAGUUGAUACGGAUCUACGAUUUUGAUAAAAUACUUAUAUAUGAAAUUUCAUCAACCUAGCAGUAACGGUACUCAAGUUAUCGUGUUUACACACGGACACACAGACAGACACACACACACACACACAGACAUACGGACAAGAUUGCAAAAUUAUGUUUUUCCGUAUCAGUGAGGUGUAAAACGUCGAGAUUUGUAAAAAUCUCGAUUUUUUUUUUUUGCACGAUUACAAUACUUUCUCUAUACUACGUAUAUACGAGAAAGUAAAAAAUGUUAAUAUUCGAAAACAAUUUUUAAAAAUGUGACAAAAUUGUGAUUAUUUUUUUCUGAGUAUAAGAAACACAUUUUUGCUAUAUAAGACUGGCUAAGUGUAAGUUUAAUCAAAAAUAUAUUCAAAUUUAAUACCCAACUGUCUCUUUAUGCUAUAUUUAUUAACUUCAGCUUUAUUAUUACAUGUUAUAUUUGUAAAAUUUCAAAACAAUUUUUUAAUUGAUUAUUUUAACUUUUUACUUUAGUUAUUUUCAGGAAAAUGUAUCUUACAAAUUUUUAAUGAUUAUUUGUAAAUAUUAAUCAAAUACAAUGCUGCAUUUGGAGAUAACCAUGAUGCUUUCUCUUUAAAAAAAAUUUCUGGUUAAAUAAACUGAAGUUAAGAUUUAAAGUGUGGGAUUUAAUGUUCAGGAUCAACUCUUGCAACUACUGACCUAAAUAUACAGGUGGCGCCUCAGUGCUGAUCUUGUCACUAGCUCUAGAUGGUGAGGUAUCUUCAGUUCUGCACAGCUUAAAAAGGUAGCUAAUGUUGGGAGGGGUGGAGGGGUAGGGUGGAGGGGGUGAAGUACCUGUAGAGGCAGGUGAACUGAUUGUACCAGCCCCAACAACACUGUGUCACUUUACUGUCAGCAGUGAGCAUUUUGUCACUUUACUGUCAGCAGUGAGCAUUUUGUUGAAUAAAACAUUGCACAUUGUACUGCUAUACUAUGUUUUUUUUUAAACUUUACUUUAUGGUACUGCUAAUUCUAGUAUUUACAAACAUCUUAUUUACAAUCUGUGAUAUGUUAAAUAUUUUAUACACAUUUUUUUCACAGAAUUCCCUCCAGACAUUACCAGCGAUUGAGUUAAUUAAAUUAUUCAUGGUAAAAAAAAUUGAUAAAAUCAAUUGAUCUUAAUUAAAUUGAAAUGU